AUGGAAAAGGUAAAAUUAAAGAGCUUUAGCAGUCAGGCUAAAAUUGCGGGCAGCAUCGUAUCUAUAUCAGGAGCAAUUGUGGUGAUUCUGUACAAGGGCCCAACUAUAUUGAACAAUUCAUCACCAUCCAAAUUGUUUUAUCAAUUGGGGUCAUUGCAAUCAGAUUGGAUUAUUGGUGGUAUUCUUUUUGCUGUUGCGUAUCUAUUAGUCUCUAUGUGGUACAUUGCUCAG